CACGCAAUGGAAGAGACCAAAAGUCUGUUUUAUUCACUGCCCGGUGAUAACGAGGAUGACAAGCAGAUACUAGAACCCGUGGUUUACAUGCAGAAAUCAAUCGAGCAAAGCUUGGAAUCCAAGAUACCAAUUGCUUUUAACGCGUGGUUAAAAGUACCGGAGGAUAAAUUUCGUGACAUUGUAUUUAUAUCACGGACAUUUAAUAUUUUCGAUUUCAUAUACGAUGACAUACAGGAUGAGGCAGGAAUAAGGAAAAACCUUCCACUAACUCACUCUACUUAUGGGAUAGCUAAUACAUUCAAUGCAGCAGGCUAUACUAUGAUCCUUGCUAUACAAAAAAUUCACGCGAUGAAUCAUCCACAGGUCAUGGAAAUAUUCCUAGAGGAAGUGUACAACAAUCACAGGGCACAGAGUCAGAAACUUUAUUGGAGAAAAAAUUACAUUUGUCCAUCUGAAGCUUCGUACAAGGCGCUGGUGCUUAGAAGAAUAGGAGCGCAUUUCAGAUUUAUGGUCCGUUCAAUGCAACUGUUUUCAAAUUGCAAAGAGGAUUUUACUCCCUUAGCAAAUAUCAUAGCGUUGUGCACCCAAAUAAGUAAUGACUAUUUUGAUUUUCAUUAUAACAUGGAUAUUGAUGACAAACGCUACGCCUAUGACCUGAAAACAGGAAAUUUCAAUUUUCCUCUCAUACAUGCUACAGAGAGUCAUCCAGAAGAUACACAAAUAAAGACUAUUCUGAGACGACGGACGAAGGAUAUUACAGUGAAAAGAUAUUGCGUCAAACUGUUGGAAGAGUUCGGUUCUUUUGCUUAUACGAGAAAUGUACUCGAAGAUUUGGAUAAGCAAGCAAGAAAAGAGAUCGAACGUUUGGGAGGAAAUCCAUUGUUCGAGGAAAUUUUGGAUAAAUUAAUGGAUUUGAAACAUCCACAUAAUAAGUGACGUUCUAAGAAUGGUAUGAAUGAAAUUUUAUUUAAAAAUGUAUUAAAUCUU